AGCUGAGAAUUAUUUAUUUGCUUAACUCUUUCUUCGUUUUUAAUAAAAGGGAAUAAGAAGUGAGACUUUUUUCUUGUAGGAUAUUUACUUAUAAUUUUCAUAUAAAUAUUUCACAAUUUUCCCAACCAUUAUAUCAUGUCUAUUAUCUAUGCCUCCAGUUCUAGUUUUUCUUUAUUACCGUACAGCGUAUUUUAUAAGUACCACAUCGGUUAAAAAUGGUCUCUCUUUCCCGAAAGGAUAUAUAAUAACGAGAAUAGCCCAGCGUUGUGGAGCUUUUCCAGUCACAAGGAAAAUCGUGAAAAUGAAAUCUUCAGAGACUUCGUCGAAAGCCAUCAACAGUCAUGGUGAAAGUGGUAGGAGUGGAAAACCCCAUUUCAGACCAGCCAAGGACGACACCAAGCCUGUUCUCCAAGACCCGAUACUAAGGUCUGAUCCGAUUGAAACAGAGGAAGCUGUGCUGCUGUUGCCACCCUUCCCUAUUGUCAAAGAAAACUCUAAAAUAGGGCUGAGAAACCACUGAAAUUCUUCUUAUUUCUACGGUUGCUUUGAUUUAGACUGUAUAAAUAAAUUAUAUAUUAGAGGAUAGUUGGUUUCUUAUUUGGUGUGGAUUCUGAGUUUGAAUAUGGAUUAGGGUUAACAUGGCUCUUGAAUUUUUAUCAGCGGGUAGCAGGAGAUGCGUUCAUUGUAUUAAUUAUUUUUUUAAACACUCCAUACUCCGUCAGUCUUCUGAUAAAAAUUCUAGCAGUGCUCUUUGAAAUUUGAAUAUGCAUUUCUUGAGUAAUUUUCUUUUCGCGAGGAGCUGACAAUAUGAAUUUUGUCUGAUUUUAAUUGUUGGCUUGGCCUCGAGCUCUUAUCAGUUUUUUUUUAUGGCUAAUUAUGUAGUACCUAUUUGUGAGCCAUUGGCAAUCUAAUUAUUAUUUUUGUGCCAUUAUGUAUUUUUUAUUUUUCUUAAGGAAAAAGAGAGUAUAGUAAUUCUUCACCCUCUGUUUGUC